UUGUCCUUGCAUCAUUUUGAACCGAGUAAGUUACGUGUACACAUCGUACGGAUACUAGUGUGCUCAACUCGCAAAUUUAAAAACACCGGAUUACACAAUAUUAUUAAACAAUUGUUAUCAUUGUGCAAUUAAUAACAAGUGAUUACGUACGCAAUCUAAGCGAUCUAAACAUUAGUUCCAAAGAAGAAACAGCAGUUUCUUUAAAAAUUACUACCCUCAACGAACAUUCUAAUAACAAAUUGGAGAACAUGUGCAUGUCCAAGUUGUGCAACGGGGCUGGCAGCGAUGGUGAAGACACCGUAUGUGAGGAUAGCCCGAAAAUGAACCGCAACCGUCUGGGGAGAAUCAUCCGCACAGUCCUUGCUGAGGCACGCAAGGACAGCCGCCUUAUCUGCGGCUUGUUGCCGGCAAUCGCGUGUUUGGAUAAAGCUGCUGACGAGACGAUCAUGUGUCUGCUAGCUGAAAGUAGACCAGGUGAUUCCAGCGCACAUCUGCAAACUGUCUUAUUGCAAGCUUUUUGCUAUGAAAACUACAUUCCUGUCAUUAAAGUAGACAGCAGUGAAAAACUCGCAGAACUUUGCGGAACAACAUCGGAUGGCGGCGGCGGUGUUGGUUGCCAAUGCGCCAUUAUUACCAGAGACCUCACCAUUCCAUGGAACGAGGACGAUAAUUACAGCCCACCGAUGAAUGACGUGGAGCAAUCGCUCGCGGAUUUCUACGAGGCCACCCUCGAGGAAUACCCCUCGCCGGUGGUCAAGUUGCCGAGAUGAACGUCCUGCGGGACAUCCGUAAUGGACUCUUGUACGUGUAUGAACACGCAUAUUGUUUGAGAAUUGAAAAUUAAUCCUUGUAAGUCGUAUAUAAGACGUACGUGGCUAGUAAUGCGAGCCAUACGGCUGCUCGUGACAGUCAUUGGGAUUAAGUAACGUGUCGAUACUCGAUAACACGAUAUUGUUAAAGUCGGUAUGUUAUCGUAAUGGAUUCCCAGGGUUGGGGACACACAGAGCCCCAUGAACCAUUGAGGAGGAAUCCAUUUUCAGUUAAAUCGCAAGCUAACCUUUUUAAAUGUUUGCAUAAUGUCAAGAAACAUUCAAUUUUGCUAUCAUUGAUGAUGAUGAAUAUAAUGUAGAGCAUUGAUUUGCGUAUAACUUUGAUAACUUUGAAGCAUUUUAAGAAAUUUCAUUCAGCUUCGCUGCUGUUGUUUGAAUAAAGUAAUAUGUAAUGUAUUGUAACACGCAAAGUGCAGCCAACAUUGGAAUUGUUAAUAUUGUUUAUAUAAGAUAAUUAUUUCGAUUAGGAGAUCAAAUUGAUUUUGAUAUAAAUGCAUUAUAUCAGAAAGAAAUAAAUACAAAAAUGAAGAUGAA